AUGCCAAAAAAGCACCGUGACCGAAUUUUCCAUUGCCUCGAUUUAAUCGCGAUUCCUGCCGGCACACCCCCUGUCACAUCCCCACCGCCGAGGAGUUCGAAGGCGAUGCCUCGGAAAUCGUCCAAGGCCGCCGCCAACGCACUCCAACGCCUCAACCUCGACGCCGAGGAUGCUCCCGUAGAGACGCUGCCGGCGAAAGCUUCUUCGUCCGGGACCGCCGCGGUGGGUGGGGGCCAGGAGGAAGAGUGCUUGAGAAGGCUGCACGAGCUGGUGGGGUUUGGUCGGGAGAGAGUGGAGUUGACUGAGGAGGAGGUGCGCGCCAACGAUCAGAGGCAGGAGGACGAGAUAUGUGCCCUGGAAGCGAUUUUUGGUGACAAUCUAGUCAUGUUCAGUAGAAAGGAGGGCCAGCGAUCUUUCCAGGUUCAUGUGCAUAUUGAGAUCCCAGAUGGUACAAAUGUAUCGGCCAGGCUCAGUUCUGGUGCUGGGACACCAAAUUACAAGCAAGCACAUGAUCAUGAUGGUGAUGCCAGUGAUGAGCUGUUUUACAAGUUUAGGGUUGAUCAUUUACCUCCGAUCCUGUUAUCAUGCCUCCUGCCUUUGUCGUACCCUAGCCAUCAACCACCUUUUUUCACUAUAUCCACCGAAUGGCUGGACAGAGUGAUGAUUUCGUCAUUAUGUGAGAUGCUGGAUAUGACCUGGGAAGAGCAACAGGGCAUGGAAGUAAUAUAUCAGUGGGUGCAACGGCUCCAAAGCUCUUCCCUUUCUUACUUAGGGUUUGGCGAUGAGAUAGUUUUAAGCAAGCAUGAUCAAACAUAUGCUGAAGAUGGUGGGGAUAAGCGUGCUUUAACACACAAUGCUCCACCUGAUGUUACAAUUCCAAGGAUUAUUAGAUACAAUGAUGAUAAGCAUCAUGAAGCCUUUUUGUAUGCUAUCCAUUACUGCAUGAUUUGUUUUAGCGAGUUUCCAGGUGUCGAUUUCAUCAAACUUCCAUGCCAUCAUUUCUUUUGCCAGAAAUGCAUGCAAACAUAUUGCAAAAUGCAUGUGAAGGAAGGAACUGUAGUGAAGUUGUUGUGUCCUGAUACAAAAUGUGGAGUCGUUGUUCCUCCUAAUAUAUUGAAAAGGCUGCUAGGGGAGGACGAGUUUGAACGUUGGGAAACAUUGCUCUUCAGAGAACUCUUGACGCAAUGGUUGAUGUAG